CGACGCGCCGUGUGUCUCCUUGGCUUGCGCCAGUUGGACUCUUCCCCAUCCAUCGUCCAACGAACCAUCGUACGCGACUUCCCAUCGCUUUCCCCCUUCCCGGAGGCUCGCAUGCUGGCCGCCGUGCUCCGCGUCCCGGCCGCCUCCCCGAUCCCGCCCCUCUUCCCCGCGCCGGCGCGCCCCCUCAUCCACCUCUCCCGCCGCCUCCCUGCCGCGCCCAUGGCCGACGCCAAGAAGACCGACGCGCCCCCUGCCCCGGCCCCAGAGCCGCCCGAGAAGCCGCUCCCGGGCGACUGCUGCGGCAGCGGCUGCGUCCGCUGCGUCUGGGACAUCUACUACGACGACCUCCAGGACUAUCAGAAGGCCCUCGCCGCACACGAGGCCGCCGGGGAACCCAGCGCCGACAAGGCCUCCGCCGCCCUCGACGAGGAGAAGGCGAAAUCGUGAGGCGCGUACGUCGUCAGGUCUCGUAUGUGUGUUAUGCUUUUGACCUCUACUUCUGUUCCCAAAUUGGAUACUUGGUCGUAGUUCAAGAUAUACUAGCAUUACAGCUAAACAUUCAUUGUAUCCUCAUCGUGUACGCUGCAAUUUUUUGGAGUACCAGAGUGGAAUGCUCUGUUGCUGCUUAUACUGUCACCAUUCUUUGUGUGACCAAACAUGCUCCUCAAGUGUAUUUUCUUUGUACCAUGUUGCAGAUACUGCUAGGAUUGGCCAAAUUAUGUGUAACAAAAGACUGAUGCAAUUUGUUUCAAAUUAGUAACAACUGAAAUCAGGAAACUCCAAACCAAUCACCACUGCCAUUAGUAUCAGGAGAUACCAUGUAUCCGCUCUGUUAGUAAUUACUGUUAUCGUUUUCUCU